AUGCACACUUCCGGGCUGGUGGCGGGGGCUCGUGGGGCUGUGGCGCGGACUGCGGUGGCCGGGCGACCCUCGGCGCUGUUGCUGCCAGUGAGGAAGGAGAGCGCCGCGGCCGACUCGCGCCCCACAGUCAGACCCCGGGAUGAUGUAGCCCACAAGCAGCUCUCAGCUUUUGGGGAAUAUGUAGCUGAAAUUCUGCCCAAGUAUGUCCAGCAAGUUCAGGUGUCUUGCUUCAAUGAGUUAGAGAUUUGCAUCCAUCCUGAUGGAGUCAUCCCGGUGCUGACUUUUCUCAGGGAUCACACUAACGCACAAUUCAAAUCCUUGGCUGACUUGACAGCAGUGGACAUUCCCACCCGGCAGAACCGUUUUGAGAUUGUUUACAACCUGCUGUCUCUGCGCUUCAACUCAAGGAUCCGUGUAAAGACCUAUACAGAUGAACUGACACCCAUUGAGUCUACUGUCUCUGUGUUCAAAGCAUCCAACUGGUAUGAGCGGGAGGUGAGUUACUGGACAUGGUUGGCCCUACCUCUAGGCUGGAGUUGGGGAAUUGGUUGA